CUUCUCGAAACACAGACUAUCACGUCUUGCUCACAAAUAUUCUCUUGGAUCAAGUCAAGACUUACCAAGGACAUGGUCCCGCAGAAGGGCAAGGCGCUCAUACUACUGCGCACUCUCAAUGAUCUUCUGCGUCGCCUUUCAAAGAUGGGCUCUACGACGAUAUUUUGUGGUCGUAUAUUGACCUUUCUGAGUGGCGUUUUCCCUCUGGGUGAAAGAAGUGGUGUCAAUUUGCGAGGAGAGCACGGACCCAUGUGGGAAGGU